AUGCCGCACGGGGGCGGGGCGAUGGUGGUGACGAGGGCGUGCCUCGGCGAGGACCCGGCGCUCUCGCCGGGGCGGACACCGGCGCUGGGCAACGACGACGCGGCGGAGGUUGAGCUCCCCGACGGCUCCAAGUACGUCGGCUCCGUGCGCCGCGGCUCCCCCUCGGGGCACGGCACGUACUACUACGCCGCCACCGGCGACCGGUACGAGGGGGAGUGGAAGGGCGGGGUGAAGCACGGGCACGGCACGUACACCUACGCCAGCGGCGACCGCUACGUGGGGAGCUGGCACAUGGGGAAGAAGCACUACCGCGGCACCUACACCUUCGCCAACGGCGACGAGUACUGCGGGUUUUGGCGGGAUGACGCGAUCGAGGGCUACGGCGUCCUUACGAUUCGGAGCAGCGGGAACCGCUACGAGGGCCACUGGCGGGAGUCCUACCGCCACGGCCAGGGCGUCUUUUACCACAGCAACGGCGACGUGUACGACGGAAACUGGGUCCGGGGCAACGAAGAGGGGGACGGCAUUUUCAUACAAAACAACGGCAACGUCUACUGCGGCGAGUGGAAGGCGGGUGAGAUGCACGGCAAAGGCAUCCUGCGGGACCAACACAUCCUUUUUGCCGUGGAGUACGCAGACGGGCAUCUUGUCUCACAGAUGCCAAUAGCCGCGGGCAAGAAGUUGGGGCCGGAGUGGUCGAACGCGUACGAGCAGUACGAGAGCUACAUGGGGAAGUACCUGCGGUACAGCGACAGGGAAACGCUCGAGAAGGAUGAACUGCGCCGCGCCCUGGAGAAUGUCAAGGUGGAGUGUGCCCUUUGGCGGAAGCGCUACGAGGAUCUCUGCCACACCUUUUCGACAGCCACGCGGCGCUUGCCCGACAUUGUCAGCGAUGAAAAGAAGCAGUUGGCGCUGCCCAGCAUUUCGCAGAGCCCCAAAGUGGCGGUGGGGCGCAGACGUGACGUGGGAGCUGAUGAUUUCAUGCAAAUUUACUCUCCCAUGCGCGCCCCCCGCAACGGCGCUGGUGGAGCGCGGGCGACGCAAGCGACGAGGCACGGUGGGAAAAAGGUUGCCUCUCCUUUGCAAACAAGGCCCGAUUUUGACGGCGUGCGGCGUCCUGGAAGGCAUGCGCAUUCGUGGGACCGCAAGGACGGCCCAACGCGAGGAGAACUGCGGCGUGAGCUGGAGUCGCUCAGGCAGCAUAACGCGGAAUUGGUGCAGCAACUCAACGCGCCUGAGACUCAACGUGUGGAUGUGGCGGUAGGGGCGGAGCAGCCGGGGGGCGGCAGCCCUGCCCCUCCUGCGGGCAAAGUGGAGGCGGGGACGCAAUCUGCGGGGUCUCCGGCGCUGGGGCGAGAGGCUGCAGGGGAGGCGCCGGCUCCCGGUGGCCAGGCUGAGCGGCUCGAGGCGGCGCCCGCCGAGACGGCCGUGGAGGAUGGCCAAUGCACUGCAGAGCCACCUGAGCCCGGGGAGGCUGAGCGCCUCGGUAAGAAGCUUGAGGAAGUCAGCAGGAAAAACGCUGAGCUGUACCUUCGCUGCGAUGCGCUAGAAAAGGAGCUGCGAGAGCAACGCGACCGCUAUCGGAAACUCGUCAGGGAACGUAGCUCCGCUGGCGACGGCGCGCUGCCGAGCAUCUGUCCAGAGGAAGUUGAGAGGCUUGAAAGCGAGCUGGAAAACGCUGAAGAGGCGCUCCGGACGCAAACAGUGGAACUUAACAGUCGCAACGGUCGAUGCAUGGAGCUUGAGGAGGCGUUGUUGAAAAUGGGCAAACAAAAGACCGCUGAUCCACACAUUUUGCGCUCUUUAAAUGAAAAAAUGGAUCUCAUGCGAACGCUGCAGGAGUCCAACGCCGAAUUGGGUCGUGUCUUGGAAGAGAAUAAAAUGGAGCUUGAGGUUACUCUGGCGGCGAGCAAGAUCACGGAGGAGCAAGUGCACUCGAUUGAGGGCACCGCCUCCUGCCUUCGUGAAGAGCUGAAACGUGUUGGUCGAGAGUUGAAGAGGGUGCAACACAGGUCCAAGAAGAUCUCCGCCGAUCGCGAGGCCGUGGCGGCGAAACUCCACGACGCAACCGCGAAGCUGGCGGGCGCAGAAUGUGCGCUCAAGACGCUACAAGGAAGGUGGACUAUCGUGCUGAGAGUGCGGGGCUGCGAGAAGGGCCCCUCGCCUCCUAGCAUCCGCAUCCACGCAGAGGACUCCUCGCAGGUUGUUUUGAGCGAGAAGGGUGGGAUGCAAACGUUCAAAUUUGACAUUUGCGUGGAUGAAACCAUGACGUCGUUGAACGCCAUGUUCUGCGAGGUGUGUCGCAAUAUAGUGACUGUCACGCUGGGGUUUCAUGUGGCCUACGUCACUCUCGGCGCGAUUUACACCGGCAAGACAACCAUGUUUGACAACUUUGUCCCACGCGUGGUCCAUGCGCUGUGCGACCACUCCCACCGCUUCUCCGUGGACAAGUACGCCGUGACGUACAAAGUGGCUGCCGUGAGGAUUGGCGUCGCUGGGGCGGUGGACUGCGCGACGGACUCCGCGGUGGCUGAGGUGCAACGGGACGCCUACGGCCUCUCUGUCCCUGCCGGCGUAACAUUUGUCGAGGCGACAGACGUCGACCUCCUCUCCACCGUGGAGCGGUUACGGCAAGAGCAGCUGGGUGGUCGUCGCUCGCACAUAUGGAUUCAGAUUCGGUGCGUUAUCGCCCACAGAGUUCGACAGACUUUCACCGUGGGACGCGUCACACUCGUCGAUUUGUGUGGCCCCGGCCCGCUUCUUAAGCAGCCGGAGGAUGUGGAAAGCGCCCGCUUUGCGAAUCGCUCCUUUGGACAUAUUCUUGCGGUGCUGGAGUCCCUGCAGGAUGCGCAGGGUGGCGUGGUGCCGUACGCCCGGUCCCUGGAGACUACCCUGCUCUCCGACGUAUUUGGGGGGAACGCGCUGACCACCAUUCUUGGCACCGUUUCCUCCGCAGAGGACGACGUUGGCGAGAGCGAACACACCUUGCGGGCCCUGACGAUGGCGUCAAAGGCGGUGAACGCGCCUUUGCUGCCGUGCUUUGUUAGCAGCGACGAGCUCCGACUACGGGAGCUAGUUGAGACAGCAAUUUCCGCGGAAAAGGCUUUACCAAGUCUAUGGGAAGUAGACGGGCUGCGAGAAAUGUGA